CAAUGGCCUCAUAUACUACUAUUUCACUUUGUGUUACCGCGCAUGUGUCUAGCCGCUUUGACGUGGUCUUGGAUUUAACUAAUCAUCAACAAUGGAUAAAUUCGAUGAACUUUCGAAGGCAUUGGCAGAAACUGGGAUGACUGUGUCGGCGGGGUGGCGUCAUGUACGGUUACACCAUGGGACCUCCAGAAAGGAAAUCUACAGAGCGAUGUAUGGACAACUUGUGUAUGGUGGUCACGUAGGGAAGCCAGGGAAAACGUUGGUAUUCCCCGACCUGAUAAGAGAGGUGGUGAGAGAGCGGUUUCCGGAAGCUGGAGCAGGGGUCUAUGAUGACCAGUACAGAUCUGGGGGGACACAUGUAACAUUGAAACAGAUGGCGGAAUUCCAGUGGCAUCAACCUCCUAAGACAUGCGGCUCCUGCUCCAGCUCGAAGUGAACUUAAAACAACACAAUAAACACUUGCUCAAUCUUGUAAAA